UAACCCAACGUUUUGUUCCUUGGUUUCUCUUACCUGAGCAGUGCCAGUGAGGUGAGUGUAACAACAGCAUAUGGGUGCGGCGGAGGCGAAUAUAGCACUUCGAGCUCAGCCUGAAACGACACCGGAGAAUGUCGAAGCCUUGCUUGAGGCUGCAAGAUAUGAUGACAUGGAUGAUGUUGUGAGCUUAGCAUCCAGUGGUGUUCAUCUUGAUUCCAAGGAUGAUCAGGGGAGAACGGCUCUUCAUAUGGCUGCAGCUAAUGGACAUGUUGAUAUUGUGGAGUAUUUAAUCAGUAGAGGAGUGGAUCUUAAUUCACAAAAUGAGGAAAGGAAUACACCUCUUCAUUGGGCGUGUCUCAACGGGCAUGUUGAGGUUGUGAAGAAACUAAUCAUUGCUGGAGCUAAUGUUAGUGUUUUAAACAGUCACGAGAGGACUCCAAUGGAUGAAGCUGUGAGUGGGGGUAAGCUAGAAGUGAUGGAUGCAAUUAAUGAAGCAGUGGCACUGGUUGAACUUCGUGGAGCUAUGGUUUCUGCAUAAGAAACUUGAACCCUAUGCUACACUAAGUAAGUAGCUUGUAAUAUGAAAAUUUGGUGAUAGUUGUCUUCCUAUAAUGUCUACAUUGUUAGUUUGAACAAGAUCAUGAUCUUGCUUCACUUUCCAGUUUCCCAAUGCGAUUUCUCUCUAGAAAAUGGAAACUAUAUAUAUAUCAUUUUACAUUUUGAUCGUUUA